CGGAUAUCGACGUGACACCACGGAUUAUGUAAGGUGAAAUUAAGCGGAUAACAACAUGAUGUGGUUGAAGAUCAUUGUGAGCGCCUUGCUGCUUGGGGCGGUGUUGGCACAAGAAGAACAGAAGAAUGAAGAGCUAGAGGUAGAGCAAAACGACGACUCUACGCGAGGCCGUCGUGACGUCAUAGAGGAGGAGAAGUACUACAACAUCCGCGCCGACAACCAGCCCUGGCUGCCGGGACACACCACCACCACCAACAGCUACCACACCACGGAAGUCAUCACUGACAAACCCACAGGCCGAGGCGCACGCGCAUCCAACGAGAACUGGAUAAAACUGCCCUUCCCCGACCGAGAUGAGCUAUCCAACGACCUCCAACCGCCCAAAACAGAUUUAAUCAACUCCAGAAUGCCCCGCGUCAACUUCGUCACCCAGAAUAAGCCGCUCGAAACGUCAGAAUCGCGAUCCGACACGACCCCGGAUGAUUUACGUACGGUCGUCCGCGACAAGCCCGUGUUCCCGCGCCAGGCGCUCUACUACCCGGAAGAGCACCGCUACUACGAUGAUCGAUACUACGUCCCCGACGAUUUAUACCGCCGGGAACCGUACGAUUUAUACGACAGACGAUACAGGCUGGACCGCUAUGAUGAAUACGACGCGCCGCGGAAGCCCAAACGGAUUAUUUACUAUGCACACCUCCCGGAUGUCGUGCGACCCCCGCCCGAUAUCGCACCGAUGCGGUACCGAUACGACCCCUACCGACGCGACGACGACUACUACGCGCGCGCCGGACGAUACGAUUAUCGGUUCCGGAAUCGGUACCCCUACGCUCCUCUUCGAAAGGAGGAGAGAAGAUUCGGCUACCGGGAUCUCGCCCCAGCGGGUACCGUAGCCAAGGACAAGAAGGUAGACGACAAAGUCACCCCCACUCCAGUUCUGCCUAAAAAGGAGGAGAAACUCCGAGCCGAUGAUAAUGCUAACAGGAAUAAUAUCAACAGUCACCAGUAUCAUGAUUCUAGCGACAAUUUCUUCCUGAACCAGGUCAAUAAAGGUUUCAAUAAUGGGAUGAGAUCUGAUGAUAGUUACUUGAGAUUCGAUGGACCGUUAUUCCGCGGGACAGUAGAAGAUCCGUACCAGAGGAAAUACUAAAAAACAUUGAUUGGAAAAGUACUGUUUUGGAUUUGGCCAACUUACAAAACUAAUAUUCGAUUUUACUAGGUACAUAAAUGGAUGUGUGA